AUGAAAUUAUCUGGAUUAUUUGGUUUUUUAAUAAUGACUAUUAUUUUAGUCAUUUCUCAUGCAAAGCGUUUAUCAGUUGAAAAUAUUGACGAUUUGGAAUCAAUCGAUCAUGAUACUCGUUCAUUUUUAAAGAAAAAACAUGAAAAAAAUUACGAUAAAUAUACUGAUGAUUCAAGCUGUGUCUUGUGUAAAUUUAAUAUGAUACCAUGUUGUAAACCAAAUUUAUGCAUUAAAAAAAGUUUUCGUCCAGAUGAAUGUUUAAAACUCAAACCUCGAGAUUUAUAUUAG